UGCAUUUGCAUAAAUUUCUUUGGUUAUUCAGUGUGUUCACUACGACUUCAGUUCUCCUACUUUUAUACUUUAUAAACUAUGAAUGGAUUGAUCCAAAGCCAGAAGAUAACAACCAAGAACUAUAUUCAAUCAACCGAGAUUUGUGUGAUCAAGAUAUAAGUGAAUGGAUGCCUCGAAGUCUACUCUUUCCAUCCGUAAAGCUCGCUUUUUGUCCUGUUAAUCACACAUUUACCUUGAAGUCACAAACAGAUACUACCAGACCGGACUUCGUUCAAGUGAAUGUCCUUGUGCUUACCAACCCCUUGGAUCGAUUGCUGGAGUUCUAUAGGACUGUCGUACAAAAGAACGAUGAAUCCGCAGAAAGGCUACUCGCUGUAGUGCGUCAUCAGCUGCAUUUACUUCCUCGCGGAUCGUUAUCAUUCGAACGCUUUGUUGGUUUUCUUCUCAACCAAACCAAUCAAGCGGCAUUAACUGAAUAUCGGGAACUAUACUACCCAGUUGCAAAAAUUUGUCAACCAUGCCACACCGAGUAUCAAUACAUUGUGAACUUGGACGAUCCCAACACAGUGAGUUCGUUGUAUGGACUUUUGAACAGCCGUGGAGUUUCAUUGACUGAUGCCAAUUAUAUCAAGCCCAGGGACCGCAAAAGCAAGAUACCCAGGAAGACAGCAUUACGUAAACUAAGCCCGGCAAUAAUAAGACAACUAAUUGAGUUUUAUGAAAUAGAUAGGAAGAUGUUAGGAGUAGGGUUGUGGUAACAGAAAUAUACAAAUUUUAGUUCAAUCCCGUGUAAUAAUAAUGUUUUAGUGCAUCUACGUAUUUUUUCUUAAA